AGUUUUUAGGUAUUUUGUGAAAUCCUUCUCUCUUCCUCUCCCUCUCCCUCCCUUUCCUUUCUUCCAAGUUUCCAUCGUCUUUUCACCGCCGCACCUCACUCUCUCACGGCCAGCUUCCAUCGCCGCCCCCUCACUCUCAAGGCCGUUUAUUGCCGCCACCCCUUGUAUUUGAAAUAACCACUGCCAGUCCGCCAUCGACAUAGCCCACUCCAUCUCCUGUAAGAACGACAAACCGUGGGGUUAAACUCAAGAAAUGAACUCGUUGGCCCGGAACAUAUCAUGCUCCAUCAGAUCUUCGAUUCACACCAAUUAUCUGCAGCACCAGCAAUUGAGGGGGAUCCGAGUGAAGGUACUGAACGGAAAUCUAGAACAGGCACUGGCAUUUAUGAGAAGGAAGAUGCAAGCGAGCGGAAUUGAGCGACUGAUUAAGCGGGAACAAACUCAUCAUAUCAAGAAUUCCGAGAAACGAGUUUUGGCCAGGAAGAAUUUGGAGCGCAAAAUUCGAUCGCAGGACCUCGCUCGCAAGCUCAAAGCCAUCCUUAUAAAGAAAGUCAGGGGUCUGUAAGCAUGUGACAUUUGCACUAUAGUUUCACAGACAUUUUGCUCCUUUUUCUUUAAACUCUGUGGCUUGGCAGCUUCUUGAAAGUGCAAUUGAAGUUCCCUUUAUUCAGCAGGAAGGCUCCAGUGAGCUGUCUAUCUACAUUGCUUUAUAUCAUUCUGUUUUCUCUUAUCUUGUGAGCAUUUUUUCCUGCCCGCUAUAGUUACCUCUCAAAUUGCUUUGUAGACACCUCUUUGAUCACUUUCUACCACCUGCACUACUUUAGUUGGAUUUCUCUGCAAAUUCAUAUUUUGAAAUACUAUGGUCAAUAUAUAGGUCAUGGUAUAAUAAAAUGUUUAAAGGGAUGAGAUCAA